UCAUCCAUUCUCUAAUAUCCUUCUACUUAAAAUUCCACCACUGACAGCUAUUUCCUUAAAAGAACGCUACCCAUCUCGGGAGCACACUAAUGUACUAAAUUCCAUCGGAUUUACGAUUCACCAUGCAGCGAUCAAUAUGCAGAAAUUCUCUUCCCUUCACUCCUACCAAUCGGCUCAGUCGGAUCAAUCGAUCUUCAAAAUUUCCUUUGCCUUAUUGGCUUUUCACCAAUCUUUUUGGUCCCUUGAAGUGAGGUGAAUUUUGAUGAUCGUUUACUUUUAUUGACUCUACCCAUUCUCUUCAACUUCUACCAAUCGCAGUGACCUUGUACUUGAGUUUGUUUAUAUAUUUACCUCCACAGCUCCUUUGCUGAUUGAACCUUAUAUUUGAGGAUGGCAAUUGUGUAAACAUCACAUUAAUUCGCCUCCAGCUGCGAUGCCAGCGGAGCCCAGCUCGGAGACACCUAUUAGGGGUUCAGAAGUUCAACGAGUUCGAGAGGUCUAUAGGUCAGUUGGAUACGUUCAGCUCAUCACUUCCUGUAAUUUUUGAAACUAAUCUUGAACUUUCUAGAUAUCUCCCCGCGUUCGCCGCACCCCUCAUUCCCUUGCCCAAACAAGAUGGCAAAAAUGCAGAAAGUCCAAGCCUAUCACCGAAGGCACAUUCUUCCUCGGACCGGGCACUCAAUGCCUUCGCACAACUUGGUGCUCUACGGUUAAAAGCAAGGAGGGUUAUGAUCUCAUUGGUUGAUCGUACGCAUGAAUACAUUCUAGCCGAGUCGACGAGAACGUUAUCAUCUCAGGAUGACGAUGUGCACGAUGCCGGGGAUUCUUUAUGGUUGGGCGUAAGAACAAUAUCUCGCAAAGAUUCAUUAUGUUCUGCUGUUAUAAAUACGCCGCGAUCAGAAAACAAUCGCGACGACAUCUUUCGGCCGAAAGUCAUACCAAAAGUUAUAAACGAUCUUGCUGAUGACGAGACCCUCACAGAUGCUUUCAAUCUUAUUCAAGGUCCAAAUAUUCGGUUUGUGGCUACUGUGCCAAUACGCUCUCGAAGAGGAUUCGACAUUGGGGCAUAUAGUGUAUUUGACGAUGUUCCACGGAGUGGGUUGGCGCCAGAAGAAUUGGAGUUUUUAACUGAUAUUACUGAUACUGUGAUGGACCAUCUUGAGUAUAUUGCCGUGAAAAGAGACCACCAGAGAGGCGAGAAGAUGGUGAAGGGAUUAGGACUGUUUGUAGAAGGUCAUUCUAGUAUUAAAUCUUGGUGGCUGCGUACUCGACAUUAUCGCCAGACAUCUGUUCGGGAGAGCUACUCGCAACCCACAAGGGAUUUCGGAGAAGCAGAUGUCUUUGCGGACACUAGCAAAGCAGAUUACGAAAAUGCAAGUACUGAGGCCGAUUUAUCGUUUAUUGAACAAUCGCAAGAAAUGGACAUACCGAGCCCCCCAAUUCCCUCCUCGAUCUCGCAUUCUGACAGUCUUCGCAAUGAUAUAUCAAUUAGAUCCAAGACAGAAAAUUAUCAACCGUCUGCUUUUUCUUCUAUUCAUGUCAGGAAAAAUUCGCCCGCUGCUAAGGAAGAGGUCGACCAACCUAUCCCUCUCACUCCGGUUCCAGUUCGCGAUUCUUUUUAUAAAUCUCCAGUCUCGGCGGCAAGAGAAUUUAUCAAGCCUUCCCCGCUGGUGUUACACAAUGAAAGGCAACCAUCAGAGGGUGGAAAAGACACGCCGGAGGAUGAUUUCAGUACCCGAGAUGUUUCCGACAAUGCCGAAACCCUGAAAAGAAUGCUUUCUCGCGCUAGUAACCUGAUGCGUGAGUCUACAGAUGUAGAAGGAGUUUUAUUCUUUGAUGCUAGGGAAAGUUCUUUUGGGUCUCGGGGACGCUCAUCAUCGUUCAUUAAUCCGGGGAGGACUACCAGUCUGCAUGAUGGGCGACCACUAUCCAGUAGUGAAGAUGAUCAAAGGACCUCUUCGCGUAUUAAUACCUCGGAUAGUAACUCCGAACAUGAGAGCCAUGACAAGGAUUCAGCCCAGAAAGGUGGAACCUUACAAACUCGCAUGUGUGAGGUACUAGCAUAUUCUACGGCAUCACAAUGUACAUUGCAUGGAGACUCAAAUUUGCCAGAGCAUUUGACUGUCACAGAAAAUUUUGUUCGCCGCCUAUUCAAGCGCCAUCCUCAUGGCAAAGUUUAUGCCUUUGAUGGAGAAGGUCAAAUGUCAUCAAGCGAAGAUGACCUUCACGACGCCGCCGCCACUGGAGAGAUAGCAAUUAUUGCCGAUGCCGGUCAUAGUUCACUGCUUAGAAAGGCAUCCCCCAGAGUUUGGGGGGGUCAAACUAUGCUACAGAUAUUUCCCGGUGCCAGGUAUGUAUUGGUUCUACCAUUAUGGGAUUCACAGCGUGAGCGCUGGUUUGCUAGUGCUAUGCUCUGGACUUCAGAUCCAACUCGAGUUCUCAAUCUGGAUGAUGAUCUGAAUUACGUGGCUGCUUUCGGGAACAGUAUCAUGGCUGAAGUAUCCCGUCUUGAUAUGAUCACAUCUGAUCAGACCAAAAAUUCUUUGAUAUCAUCCAUUAGUCACGAAUUACGCAGUCCUCUUCAUGGAAUUGCUGGAAGCAUCGAACUUUUACAGGAUACCCAGAUUACUAAAUAUCAAAAGGAUGUGGUAGAUACUAUUGGCCAUUGUUCUGCCACACUACUUGAUACGCUAAAUAACGUACUGGACUAUGCAAAAAUCAACAAUUUUAUGGUAGCACAAAAGAGCGAACAAAAAGCUAUACGCAGUUCUUCCAGAACACGAAAAGCUCUUUCUGCAGAAAAGUUCCGGAUUUAUGGAGCCAUCAGCUUGACCUCAGAUCUCGAUAUUGCCUCUAUCACAGAGGACGUUAUAAAUGGUAUUUAUACUGGGCAUGUUUAUGCUCUCCAAUCAACAUCUACAGUCACCCCUGAUAUGGAUCAUCCAAUUUCUCCCACCAGACCCGACAGGCAAGGAAUUGAAGAAGCACAGCCGCUUUCUGUCAUCCUUGACGUUGACCAUAAAUUGAACUGGAAUUUCCUAAGUCAACCUGGAGCAUGGAAGCGUAUUCUUAUGAAUAUACUUGGAAACGCAUUGAAAUUCACUACGUCUGGAUUGGUCAAGGUAAGCCUUAAUUAUGAAAUGGCCACGUCGCCAAAGUCGAGAAAAAAUCUAGCGUUUGUUACCUUGACCGUUAGCGAUACAGGAAGAGGUAUCGCGGCAGAUUUUCUAAAACGUCAGAUAUACAUCCCGUUCGCUCAGGAGGAUAGUUUGACACCUGGUGCUGGCUUGGGACUAAGUAUUGUUCGUCAAAUUGUAGGAGCGCUUGAUGGGAAAAUCGAAGUUUUUAGUGUGCAAGGUAGUGGCACCGUUGUUAAAGUUGUUCUUAAACUUGAAAAGUCCCAACCACAAGCUGUAGAAGUAUCUCGAAUGCCAAGCAAUAUUGAGAAAGCUAGAAAUUAUACCGAUGGUCUAGAGUUGGUAUUGAUAGGAAUGGAAACUUCGACCCCUGAACCCGAGAAAUCAGUAGAUUCAAAUUUGAACCAUCAUAGGUCUGCAGGGCCAGCGAUUUCUAGGAUCUCUAGGGAUUGGUUUGGAAUGAAAACUAGUGAAGCCACUGGAUUUGAUGCCGCAGAGGGAGAUGUAUUCCUGGUAACUUCUCAGAAAUUCUACGAAUUGGAGAACAGUUGGAAAAAUCUCUAUUCGGACGCUACGGGUGAUACUCGGAAUAGGCACAUCAUUGUUUUGACAGGAUGUGCACAAUCCCGACGGAGAACGUUAUUCGAGAAUUACCGGAACAUACAUUUCCUCAGCAAUCCGUAUGUAUCUUUUCUCUCUUGCUACUUUCUAGAUGGUUUCCCUAGACUGAGGUUCUUGGAACUAACAAUAUUCCAGAAUUGGACCCAAAAAGCUUGCAGAAUGUUUUCUUGCUAUAUUCGAAAGGUCUAGUGGUCACGAUGGUAGUCAGUUUCUUGCGAUGUCUCCAAGUUCUCGGAGAACCAGUUCUCCUUCCUUGCCCAGGAGCAGCUCCCCACUAGCUCAAAAGUCUCUACCGCCUGAUACACUUGUGUCGGAUAAACCAAUUGCGCUUCUUGUCGAAGACAAUCCCAUCAAUAUGAAAAUCCUCAUAGCAUGCAUGAAGAAAUUGAACAUGCGAUACUACUGUGCGGUAGAUGGUCAGCAGGCAGUAUCUCAGUAUAGAACUGCAAAGAAGAAGCCCGACGUCAUAUUCAUGGAUAUAAGUAUGCCGGUGAUGAAUGGUUUCGAGGCAAGUCAACGCAUCAGAAGCCUUGAGAGGGAAGAAAAUUUAAAGGCUACUGUCAUUGUCGCAGUUACGGGAUUGGCCAGUGAUGAAAGUCAAAGAGAAGCGUAUAGCAGUGGCAUUAAUCUUUUUAUGAGUAAACCGGUGCCAUUGAAGGAUUUGAGUAGGAUUGUGGUGGAUUUGGAAAGAGACAGGCGGGUUCCAGUGGCUUGAUUGUUUGAAGAUGGUUUUGAGGAUGUAUGAGGUCUAAGGUCUGAGGAGAGGUAGGUGAAUGAAUGAAUGAUUUUUUUUUAGGAUCAGCCGGUGGUGAGAUGGAAUGGAAUGGAUGGAAUGCACAGUAUGAGUUUCUGCUUCUUAUUAUAAAGUUAUGAUAUCCGGUAUACGAAUUAUGAGCUUGUGAAUACUUUUUGCUACACAGAAUUAAUAUAGUUAAAAUCAUGAGUAUCGGA